CACAUAAUGGCGGACGAGAUGAGAUUCGAGGUGAUUUACUUGUAACUCAAAUAUGCUUCAAACUGUAUGGGAUUUCUAUGUCACGACGUCAAUAUAACAUACUCGACAAGGUCAUAAGGUUGUGCGAAAGUCGUGGAUUUUCAGUGGAGUCGCGCAUCGAAAACUCGCCCACAGCUUAUUACAGAUACCAGUUUGGACCACUUGGUACUGAGCUGAGGCGUAACUUGAGAAAUGCUUGGUGGCAUGAUGUAGUUAGAUCAAAGGGUAAGGUUUAUGGUUUUGAAUCAGCAAGUGAAUUAGUAACGCAUGUUUCAGAGGACAAAACUCUUGGUACCAAUAAGGAAGAAUCAACAGCUGCGACUGAAGAGGAAACGCCUAGGAGAGAUGAUUUUGAUCCAUUGAGUAAUAUUUUUCUCCAAUAUAUGACUCAUUUACUCGGAAUCUUUCCUGGAAUUGAAGUACCUUUUGGCACUGCGUGGAGCAGAAAGUACUUUGAAAGGCCAGACAAUGAUCAUUAUAUUUUCAGGUCUCAUGAGAGGGAAAUCAUGUCGCUAGAGUUCUUUUGUGCUGAAAAUAGAGUAAAAGAUUGGACAAAUCAUUGGAAAAGACAGAGACUUUUGUGGUGGAGAAAAUUUGCAAAAAUUCGCUCUAAUUACAGUCUUUUUGAAGAACAGACAGAAUUAGAAACUGGCCCAUACAGUAAAACCUUAGUAAAGUUUAUGUUUCCAUGGGGCCAAGAAUCAGUUGAUUCUAUUACUGUCAGGUCGGACCUACACAAGUACAUAGCAACUGAUGAGUUCAGAGGACUACCAUUUGACAAGAAAUCAAUACCUCAUGUAAUCCAGGUCAAAACUGAUCUUAACAGAGGAUUUCUUGCUUAUCUGAUGGAUGCAUAUUCAGAAAAGGAAAGAUCUGAUUCAAGUGGAAAAGUUAGUCUCUGCACAGUUCUUCAUUUACAUCCCCAGUUGGCCCCUGUAAAAGUUGCAGUUCUUUCUCAAUAUCCACAACAUAAUGAGCUCUGUGAAAUAGCUCACCAGUUGUCAUCAGAGCUUCGAGAGGCAGGAAUCACCACUCAGUGUUCCCUUCACGCCAGUGCAAAUGAGUGUUAUGCUUAUCAGGACGAGAUAGGAACCCCUUACUGUAUAACAAUACUUGAUACCAUACUCACCAAUGGCGUUGUGGCGUUCAGAAGUAGAAACACGACUCUUCAAGAGUACGUUCACAUAUCAGAGGCAUUACACACUGUCAAAUCGCACCUUGGAUUUAAUGAAUAAAUUGAAUUCCCACCGGA